AUGGACAGCGGUUCUGGUGAUGCGGGCUCACGGACUCCGAUGUGGGUAGAGACCCGACGGGCUGUGGCAGAGUUUCGCAAGCUGCUCCUUUGCUCCAAAUGCUCGCGGCUGAUGAGCGAUCCCGUGUACCUGGGCACGUGCGAACACAUGUUCUGCAGGAGGUCCUGCGCGGGCCCUUGCGCCGGCUCCGGCUGCAUUGUGUGUCACAGCCCUGCUUGGGUGAAGGACCUCCAGAUCAACCGGCAGCUCAGCAACAUUACGCAGCUGUUCCGCCAGCUGGAGGCGCUGCUCAACCCCCUCCAGCUCUCCUCCUCCCCGUCCAUUGAGUCGUCCCCACAGUCAGCGAGGGGUGGCGCUGCCAAGCCCAAGAAGAACUUCAAGAUCUGGUUCAGCCCGCGGAGCCGCAGGAUUCGGUGCCGGGUAGCCAAAGCGGUGGACAAGGCCCCCCAGGCACUAAACGCUAGGAAGAAAAUCCCUUUGCCAAAACCGAUCCUGGGUGUGUCCGUGCCCAAAGAUCUGUCUGUUUUCAGCUUUAGCUCCUCCUCUCAGGACUCUAGCUCCUCCCACCACCCUGACAGUAACACUACUGACAAGAUGAGGAAGAAGGUGAUGAAGAAAAAGAGCACGGGGAAGGUGUCUGGAGCAGAUGAAAGAUGUCAGCCAUGUAAGAAGCCGAAUAAAAUUGCUCACAAGAAGAAACUGGAGGCCAUUAACCGGCAAUGGGGGAUAAAGCAGGGGGCGGAGUCUGCGGGAGGGGAGGUCCUGAGGCUGGAGAGGCCCAUUCGGAAGGUGUCCUUCCAGUGCCCUACUCGAUGCACCACCUCAACCCAGGGGUCAGAGGAGCAUUUUCAGCAGGGGGUUGAUCACCAGGAGACCCCAGCCUGCCUUCUGGGGGAACGUCCAGGUGAUUGUGGGAAGGUGGAGCCAUUGACGGGGGGGGAGCCUGGUUCCCCGAUGGCACUUUCACUCCCUGAUUGCCAGCCUUCCAAACAAAUUCGAGCCCAGGACAACCCGGAUGCUCAGAGCACCCCAAAAAGGCCGAGGAGGUCGUCGGAGCGAGUGAGACCAGCUGGUGGGAGAAAACAACCCCUGAGCGCCCCGCUGCCCCCACCCAGGGAGGAGCAGCCUAGAGCAUCAGUCUCUCCACGCACCCCGACUGUCCUCAAGAGGAACCACAAGGGGGAGACACUUCUGCAUCUUGCAGCCAUAAAGGGGGACGUCCCGGCUGUCGUACAACUCCUGGACCAAGGGGCGGAUCCCAACCUCAAGGACCACGCGGGUUGGACUCCCCUGCACGAGGCAUGUAACCUCGGGCACCUGGGUGUGGCCAAGGUGCUGCUCCAGAAGGGGGCGCUGCUCAACGCUCCGGGCUACCAGAAUGACUCUCCACUGCACGACGCCGUUCGGAACGGACACAUCGACAUUGUGCGGCUGCUGCUGGAGGAGGGCGCCUCCCCGAGCAUGCUGAAUACGUUUGGACUUCGCCCCGUGGACUGCGCCGAGACUGAGGAAAUGCGGGCGAUCCUCCAGGCUGCCGUUGACGCGUCGGACCGCCGGGGCACCCCCCUCAGGUCCCCGGGAGCUGUGUGCAAGUCGGGAGGCCCUUCUCAGAGGAAAGGCCAGAUCACUCUCCUGGGCAGCCGACUGAGUCCGACGCAACGGAAGCAGCUGACCGAGCUGGCCCAGCUCCUGGGAGGACGCAGUACCGACUGCUUCUCUAACUCGGUGACGCACGUCAUCGUACCCGAUGCCACCAUGCCCACCACCAUGUCCUGUUUCCAUGGCGUCCUGAGCGGCUGCUGGAUCCUGAGCUUCAACUGGGUACUGGCAUGUCUGAAGGCUGAGUGCUGGACAGGGGAGGGUGACUACGAAGUGGGAGAUGGCCCUGCGCGGAGCCGCAUCAACCGAGACGACCUGCUGCCACCUCUCUUCGACGGCUGUUUCUUCUUCUUCCUGGGCUCUUUUCGGAGCCCCUCGAAGGCGGAGCUGCUGGAGCUGGUGAAGGAAGGCGGGGGGCAGGUUCUGGCCCGCAGGCCGAAGCCCGACAGUGACGUUACACAAACUUUGAGUGCGGCGGCCUACCAUGCCCCACCGGGCUCCGACCAAGCGCUCUGCACCCAAUACAUCCUGUACGAUCCGCUGGGCCUCUACAAACCGGACCGGGUGCGGCUGGGCAAGGUGUGGAGUGCCCCGUCCACCUGGCUGUUGGAGUGCAUCUCCGCCUUCCAACUGCUCCCUGUUCCAGAACUAUAGCCUGGCACCAGUACCAGGUAUAGAACCCUACUUUGGUACCACAGCCUAAUCCAGAACCCUAGCCUGGUAUUACUGGGGUUUCUAUGGCAACCGAUUCCACUGUUUGGACAUGCUGUGCAUUUACGACCUGAACACUGAAUGAUUC